UUCACUUUUUUUUUUUUUUUUUUUUUUAAUUUUAAUCGCGACGAAGAGUGUUGAUAUUUCUGUGAUACUGGUGCCGCGAGUGAUGGUUAACGACCUCGCUUAGUGGUGAUAUCGACAGUGUAGUGGUGAGAAAAGCUUUCUUGGUGCACGAGGGUAGUGUCCGCACGAAGGGAACGAGAGGGAGAAAGAGAGAGAAGAACAUCUCUCGCGUGCACGGGUGACUCUCAAUUCAUUACCACGGAUCUCCCUCGGCAAUUCGACGCCGCGCCCACUCUCGAUGAGAGGAGGCACAUGUCCAUUGCUGCCGCUGAAAAUGCAGGGCCUGGCCCGUAUGAAUUGCAAGACCCGUUGUGGGUCAAAAUGAGUGCGAUUACUGGUGGCAUUACCAAGAAAAGAAAGAAAUCAGAUGCGAAGCCUCAGUCGCAGUCGCAGCAUAACAAGUGCCUUAACGAAAAAAGACGACGGACCCAAGAGAACACAUUUAUCGAUGAGCUUGCCGAGCUGAUUUCCGCCACGGAGAUGAGCUCUGGUAAGACUGACAAAUGUCAGAUCCUUCAGAGAACCGUCGAUCAGAUUCGGCACUUUAGGCAACAAGAGGGCUCCAAUAGUCAUGCCGUACAACAGGGGGAAGUGUCCUCGUCGAAUCCUAACAUACUGUCCAACGAUCAAGUUGGCCCUAUCUUACUCGAGGCGCUAGACGGCUUUCUAUUUGUUGUAAAUACGGAGGGCCGCGUGGAGUACGUUACGGAGAACAUAACGCAGUACAUAAAUUACACGAAGGACGAUGUACUCGGAAAGGAUAUUUACAAUAUUAUUCAUCAUGGGGAUCACAACACCUUUAUGCCUAGUUUGUUACCUAUGUCUUCGUUAGGCUGGACCAGCGAGCCGCAACCUCAGACCAGGAACCGCACCUUCAAUUGCCGCUUCUUGGUGAAGCCUCCCGAUGAUAAGGACGAGACUAUGGAAGAGAAGCAACAGCGAGUAUCGAAGUACGAGUCUAUGCAAAUCUGUUCUGCUCUUCUGCCCAGUAACGCUGAUCGUCUGGAGAGCGGUGAUGUGUCCUCCGAGUCGUCAGACAUUGGUCCUUGCGUGAUGUGCGUAGCGCGUAGAAUACCGCCAAUCGAGAAACCCAUUGGUCCACCUCCCGUUGAACAAUUCACCGUCAAAUUGGAUACCACUGGGAAGAUUAUCGCGGUUGACGUCAGUUGGUUAUCCCCCGUUUACUCCAAGUACCUAAGCAAGGACCUGAUAGGCACAACGAUUAAGGAUUUGUGCCACCCUCAUGAUCUCAAUACGCUCUCGAAACAUUUGAGCGAUACGCUUCAACUCGGUGAAAAUACGAGCGAUGUAUACCGACUGCGCGUUAGUCCUGAUAAGUUUCUUAAGAUUCAAACAAAGUCAAAAUUUUUCAAAGCAAGUGUGAUGAAUGUGCACGAUAGCGAUUUCAUGAUGGCUACUAAUUCCAUCAUCGGGGACAAUGACUUAAUGUCUAUCGAGGGCGGUCAACUUUCCAACAACAAAGUGUGCUCAGGACACCCUAGUAACCGUUGUGCGAAUAAUAGUAAUAAUAAUAAUGGUAACAAUAACAAUAACGUGGGUGGUCCGCUGAUGCCCGUCGCGCAUCUGAACGGUCAAGUGAGUAGUAUCAGUGCUCGUGGUAUGGCGGUAUCGCACGCCGCCACAUCGUCGAACUCAAUCGCCUUUAACACGGGGGGGACCGGUGGCGGCGGUGGCAGCGGUGGUGGCAGUGAUUCAUGCAACCCUCUGACGUCGAUAAGCACGUCGAGCGGUAAUCCGUUCAACCAUUUUCCGGGAAACAUGGACCUGGAAUUCGAGCUUUUCCCUAGUUCCACAGGUUGGGACUUGGAUAGUAGUGCUGGGUGGGUGGAUAGGCCAGAAUCGAGAGCGAGUGGGCCACCGAGCUCACGACCGUCUUCCCAGCCGGCUCCGACAUCACCGAGUCCGCAGGGAACCUUUUCGAAUUCGGCAGCAGUGGCAUCUCACUGUAGUCCUCUACGAUCGUUCAGUCCGACGGUCAGCGCUGCUCACACCUUCAGUAAUUCGUUCCCCUUUAGUCCUCUUCAAGAGACCACGCAGACGUCCACGUUGAGUAGCAAUGCCGCCAGCAUCAGCACCAACGGCGGCAACGUUAGUGGCAUCGGAAGUAACACCGCCACGACGACCAUCAAGCGAACGGAAGAGAGUAAUAAGAGCGGAUGUCCUACUAGCAACAGUGGCGGUACCAUGGACAACGCGACGGCGAGGACCAGCGGUGCCGUCGAGACUCAGAAUAACAGUACCAUAUCCACCGAGUCUGGUAGGCUGCGGAACUUGUUGACCAAGGGCCCGAGUGCCAGCGAAGACAGCCAGGAUAAUACGAAUAACGAUUCGGAUAAUCAGAACAAGCACAGAAUACUGAAGAUUCUAUUGAACCAGCAGGACGAAGACGACUAUCAUUCGGAGCAUAAAGUGCGCACGAGUCCUAGCAACAUGCCAAAAUCUAGCAUGGAGCACUCCAAGUCGUCGCUCGGAAACAAUAUGCUAUUGCAGUUACUAAAUGAAAAAAAUGAUGACGAGGAUGAGGAGACACGUGCUGGAGUGAAGAAAAGAAAUGAGCUUCUGCAGCAACUAAUGAAAGACCCAGACGAAGAGAGAAAGUUACAAGAACAACAAAAUCGGGAGGACGAUUCUCUCUUGCGGAGUCUUGGAUUUCGGAACACCACGCCGUCGCCAUCGCAAUCUAGUGAUCAUGUGGCUCUUGGCAGUGCGACUCAGGUAGGCCAGAAGAGACCGGGAGAGGAUGGCGAUUUGAACGUGGCUGUGAAACGACCUGUGGACGGAUCGCAUCAAGUAUCUUCUUCAGGAACGAGCUCCUCGAGUAAGACGCCGAGCAUACUGUGGGAGAAGAAUAAGAUGCUGGCAUCUUUGUUAGCGAAACAGCCGUCACAAACAACGAAUGUACCAACGAAGUUGCCCGCGUCUGUGAUAUCAGCAACACCACAGGACAAGCUGCCUCGUUUAAAACAGCAGCAGCAGCAGCAGCAGCAACAGCAGCAACAGCAGCAGCAGCAACAACAACAACAACAACAGCCGCAGCAACAACAGCCUUGGACCGGUGGCAGUAUGCAAGUUGGUGGUAACAACACGAUUACGACGACGGCGACGUCGGCGCGUCCUCUUCAAAGUCAGUCGAGACAACUACCUCGUCAAUCAGCCAAUACCUACCUCAGUCAUAUACUAAGUCAACAACAAAGGUCCCAGAUGGGAACAACCGAGUCCGAGUUUGCAGGUAGCGGAGAAUACCAUCAGACCAGCACCGAUCCAACUACUUGGGAUAAUCCGGCAUCUGAUCCGGAUCUUUCAGAAAUUUUGGAUCAAGUGAUAGAUUUUGUCCCGGAUCAAUCAAGCGCGGAUACGUCUCCGAUAGCGAAUCUACUAAAUCCUCUUAUCGAAGCGCCUCAGAAUGUUAUGAACGAGAAAAUGGCAAUUAACGCUAUCCAGAAGUCGUUGAUGUUAUGCGAGACUGCCGUGAAUCCCACGUCUUCCACCAUAACUAUGCCUGUUACUCCUCCAGCCUAUUCCACUGCGUUGGGUACUACGCCUGUGACAACUAGUCACAGUUACCAGCCACCUCCAAUGUACCAACAGCCUAGAAUCAGGUUCACUCAGCCAGGCGUUAGACAGACCAGUCAAUUCACGCAACAACAAUUGCAAUUACACCAACAACAACGUUCGAAGCUUAGCAACGUUCUGCAACACCAGCAGCAGCAACAUCAACAAGAGCAAAUGAAACAACGAUUAUUACAACAACAGAAACAACAGCAGAUGGUUAUCCCGUCGAAUGCCACCGCGACGGAUCAAAUCAAUAGCAGUAUUCAUAACAUCGAUAAUCUUCUGAACAAUACUGUUGCACCACCAAAUGUAUCGUUGCAGCGAUCGAGUGUCCCAGAUUCGCAAAUCUCUCCAGGAUAUGGGGGAUCCGUCCAGAUGCCUUCUGGUCAUCGACUCGCUCACUCGUACUCUCAUCCGUCAACGAUACCGCAACAUCCCAUUGUGAAUAACAACUUCAACAGUGGGCAACAAGUGUCCGCCCCGGCAAGACUCUCGCCACAUUCUCCGGCGGGUAUACUGCCGUUCUCUCACCCGCAACCAUUAUCGCCACGGGUGACGCAAGGCAAUUACGGCAACACAACGAGAUUAUUCAACGUGAACCAGGUGAGGCCGCAGCAGCAGGUCACAGCGCAGCAACAACUGCAGCAGCAGCAGCGAUCGAUGCCCUCGCCGGGGACGCCAGCAUCCGCGCGGCAAUCACCGUUUCCUAACGAAACGUUUCCUCCACCCACGUCCCCCACGGCCAGUCAGUUUACACCGGGUCCCACAACCGGUGCGCCAAACCCGUCAGCUCAGUAUCGGCUGCAACGAGCCACGUCUACGCCUUCUGCUACGACUCAGUUGCCAGGUGGAAUUGGCUCGCCUCGGCACUACGGCGGAAUAAGUAAGGAACCGCUUCUUUCACCUAGUCAUUCACACUCGGCUUGCCCGGCAACACCUACUCACAGUCAACACACCAAUACACAACACUUCUCCAGUCAACAACAUACCCCAUUGCUAUACCAACAACACACCAACGCCAACACUCUCAACACGGCAGACAUGCAGAACAGUCAGUUCUGUUACGAUCGCUCGUCAGUCCCGCUCUAUCCGUCUGGCGGGGAGGCGCAGGAUGCCAGGUCACUGCCUCCCGGUAAUCCUGUCAAUCACCAAAUGGGUGGUAAUGCCACCUCGGAAUUUGUGCGGCAAGAAUUGCGGGCGAUUGUCGGUGCGCGAACGCAACAGCAGCAGCAGCAGCAGAGAGUGCCCAACAACCUACAAUCUUCUGGUCAAGUUUCUCAGGACGAUUUUGAUGCACUUGGUCUGACAUUUGAAAUGUCUUCUGCAGGUGAGGCUGUGGUUAGCGAUGGCCCCGCCAAGAGCUGGGCCAUUGGGAGCGCCGGAAGUGCCCCCUCGUCCUCCAGGACUACUAUGGAGGAGGUGGCACGAGGUGAUCCAAAGUCGUCGUUGCUGCAGAAGCUACUGUCCGAGUGACUGCAGGCCACCAUCCCGUCACGCAGUAAAAGAUUAUAUGUAAUAUAUGUUUGAGUGUGUGCGGAGAUCGAAACGGAGAUGUAGGACGUAAAAACAUAGAAGAGAGCGAGAGUGCGAGAGAAAGGGCGAGAGAGAGAAUGUGUGAGAGAAAGAAAAUUAUAAGAUGCAUAUACACUCUUAUAUACGUAAUGGAUACUAUUGUAUUAUAUGUAACGCCAUACACGGAGUCAGUAUUCAUAUACGUAUCACCAAAUACAAUGCAAAACUAGCGCGCGGUGCUCUCUAGAAUGCACGUCGAUCAACCGAGGAAAAGAGGGACGAGCGAGCGAGAGAGAAAGAGAGAGAAAUAAAAAGG